GUGUGUGUGGUGAAGUGAGCGAGCAGCAGGGCUCAGGAGCAGGGCCGGCACCCGGGCACAAACUCCUACACGCCAGCAUACACUUUUCACAUCUGGAUCUAAAGGAUUGGACACACACACACACACACACACACACACACACACACACAGCCAUGUUGCAGCAGAUCCUAAAGGAAAUGUAUAUUGACCCAGAUGUCCUGGAUGCUCUGAACGAGGAGCAGAAAAAGACAUUGUUCUUGAAGAUGCGACAGGAGCAGGUCCGGCGCUGGAAGGAGCGAGAGGAGAAGCUGGAGCGAGAGGAAGCACGCAAAGCACCCAAAGCCAGGCCAGCUCACAGUAAGAGUGUGAGUUGGCUGUUGGGCUGCGAUGGUGACGUGCAAGUCAUCGUCAUUGGAGAGAUGGAUGAAUUCAAGUCCUCCAAGAUUCUCCGAGCAGGGCUUGGCGAGAGAAAAGCUGCUAGUCUUCGAAACAAUUCCCACAUCCAGGAAGCAAGUUUGAAGAGCAACCUAGUAAGCCGAACGUCCCAAGAACCGGUACGUUCAGGCAGGGAGAAUCUCCCACCCCAAACAAUGUCCGGAGUCCAGCUCAAUUUAACGGAGAACAGAGAAGAAGUGAGGACACUGCCCCCUCCACAGGUACCAGAAUGUGACCCAAAGCCUGCAUCUCCGGUUGAGAGUGUUGAAGAGAUAGAAGAGGAAGAUGAUACAGACAGCCCUGUGGAUGACACACUUUCCCUAUCCUCCAUUUCCUAUCGACCCCACCUGACGUCAACCAGCGUCCUGCACAGCCUCACGCCCCAGGAAACGCCGCAGAAGACCGCGCCGCUGUCAAUCACAAGCACGCUACGCUCAGUCGAAGCGAGCGAGCCUCGUAUUAGCAGAGGGAAAGAUUUCCGAGUGACAUCUGCCUUCAAACGCACCGAUUCUGGAGAAGGUGCGGAAAACAUUGUUGGGCGUGGCCGUGUGGCUCAGCUAAUGAAGACCUUUAGUGUGGCUAAUGAUUCCUCCAGCUCACAUCCUCCACCCAGAUCCAACAAACCACCCGUCCCGAAUAAACCCGGCCACUUGCAGCAUCUUCACUCGAACUCGUUCAGAAACUCCUGCAUUUACAACUUGAACCCGAGGAGAGGACGGGACGGAACGUCCCCUCAGCUUUACAGCAAAUGAAUGGGAACACACAGCAUUGCUGUUCUUCAGUUACAGAGUGUACCUUCAAGAGGUUGUGCAUGUGCUGAUUCACCAGUACAGAGAGCUAUUUCUUCAGUUUAGGCACCAUCGCAUCGGCAAAAUAAGUCAUUUCGCGAAAGUCAGCGCUACUCACUUGACGUGUGUGUAUACUGCCUCAGACAGAUCAUGAAGAGCCGAGCCAUCAGUACGGGUUGAGCUCGGCCUCCAUGUUCAUUACCGCUGACGAGACCCUUCCUUACAGUGCAGUAGCGCACGGCUAAGAGGGUUGAUCAAGCACUUCUGGGAGCUGUGGCCUCGGAUUGCACUUUCAAGUAAAGGGUUUUUAAAAGGUUCUCAAUGCUGUUCUGGGAUUUUUCAAUAAAAUGGGGACUUAUCAGCUUGGGCUAUUUCAAGAUGGCACCUUAAAUAAAGCUCAGUGAUAAGCACAUUAUUGCAGAUUCGAAUCCCUGGCAUGGUGUGUUAAAGAUCCAUCAAUAAGAUCCAGAAUCGUAGAUCUUGUUUUAGGGUCAUUUGAAGAAUAUGUAAGAGAGAGCUGGUAGGAUUGAAACAGUUUUGGGGGUUGAUGGUUAAAUUAUUCAAGAAUGUUUUCAGUGUUUUCAGACAAACAUACAUGCAAAGAUACUUUAAUGUUAAUAGUAAUAAUGAUCAAAGAGUAAUCAUAGAUUACUCUAAAAAGCAAGAUGCUGUAGAUACUGUACAUGUUCUGUUACUGUAGUAAACAUGUAGAACUGUUGUUACAUCUGUAAUGAAAGAUUCCAUCUAUAGUUUACAUAUAUAGGGUACAAAAAUUGAAAACAGUUAACUGUUCACACCGCAUUUACAUUUUGGAAUUACGUUCAGUUUCAUUUGUUACUUAUGAAUUACAGUUAUUAUUAUUUUUUUUUUAGCAAAUGAACAAUACCGUACUGUGCAAAAGCUUGAUCUGCCCCUCAUUUUGUCAUAUCUUGCUUCCAAAUAUCUAGGUUGUCUUUGAUUUUUAAUGUAGUCUUGAAGAAUAGUUCUCCAGACUUCCUGAAGCACUUUUUUGUCUCUUGUUUUUGGCUCUCAUUUUCGGUCCAGUCCCAGGAGCUGACUAGUUUCAGAGUUUUUUGUUUGUUAAUCCACACAGUGACCUAUGAAAAAACCAUCUAAGGCAUGAACCAGUGAGAAAGAGAUGAUCAGGGCAGUGAUUAAGAUACUGGUGAUGCUGAAUACUGAGUGGUUGGAAUAGUCGAGAGGGGAAAUGAGGUUGUUACAUAUACAACCAAUUUUAAAAUGGUAUCGUUAGGCACUUUGCAGCCUGUCAUAGUAAAACUUUUGUUUACGUUCUUUUAAUUUCAUGUAAAUCAUUUAAUUUAGUUUAAUAUGAAGAAAUCAGGGGUGGCUAAAGACUUUUGCAUAGUACAUACUGUAUAUGUACAAUAGACAUUGCAUUGCAGGUCAUUAGUAGGACUACAAAAUAAUGUAUGAUGGUUGCAAGGCCAUGCUAAUUGCACCAGCAUGACCAGCAUGACCAGCCUUUUAGUAAACACCCAGCAUGGUCGUUAAGAUUUACCUCUUCAUCGCUUUACAGCAUGAAUCCCAUGCUGGUCCAAAGAAAUUACAGAGUCAAUAAUCCUUACUGCCCAUGUUAGUUUGGUGCACCAUGCUGAACUUUACGUUUGUUUGUUUUUUAAUUAUUAUUAUUAUUAUUCUUAUUAGCCCAGUGGUACUUUAUACCAUACCGAUCUUCAGAGAUCAAAAUUUUUAUCAUCCUUUACUCUACAACAUCAACAAUUGUUGUUCUAUUGUUUAACACCAAGAGUGAAAAAGCUGUAUUGUUCUGUGUCUGAUUCUGUUUUCUUCCAUGCAAUCCUGUCUGCUUGUACAAAGUUAACUUCCUACCUACAUAUGGCAAGCCAAGCUGCUUUUCUUCCAGCUUUUAUAAUCUAAUUAUUCUCCAUUCAGAUGUCAGCCAUCUUUGAUAUCUUCCCGCACCGUUACUAGUUUACUGUGGGAGUAUAAUAUUUGAUUGCACUUGUUUUUCUGCUGUGUUACGUUUGCACCAUUGAGAGGGUUGUUGUUUAUUGUUUCUCGCUAUGGAUUGAUGACUUGAGUGAUUUUAUGUGAGGACGAGUGUUAGAUAUUGUCUCUGUGAGCAAUGCUCACAGUUCAGCAAUAAAAUUAUAAGAAUCCUCCAAGGCAUCUGUUUUUUCCUUCUUUUUUUUUAUACUGGCCUGGUAAAUUUGGUGAGUGUGUGGGAAGGUUUUGAUAUCUUAGUGGGGACCAAAUGUCCCUACAUGAGACAGUGUGGGAACAUGUGGCAGGUCCCCAAAGAAAAUAAAUAAAAAAAAACAAAAGCUACAAUACAAAAAAAUAAUAAUAACCUUAGCCUAAAAUGCCAAACUAUUUCCAUUAGGUUACUGAGGCUAAGAUUAUGGUUAGAUUUAGUUUUAGAUAUAAUGUUAAUUAGCUACCAAUUAUGGGACAGUCCUCACAAAGAUAGUGUGUGUGUGUGUGUGUGUGUGUGUGUGUGUGUGUUCCUGCAUGUGUAAGAGAGAGAGAGAUUUUGCUUGGGGGUGUAUGGAAGUAAUUUGUGAUUCACUUUAUAUCCAUAUUAAAGUAAAUCUCUCCAUUUCUGUGCAUUGUCUGUGCUACCAAAUCUGCUUAUUGUGUUUUUUUUUCUAAUUUGAAAUGUUCCAUAAAAAGAUGAUGGCAGGGAUCACUAAACCCAUGAACAAACCUUAACAUGCCUUGAGUUAUCCGUCCUCAUGGUUGCCCCCUGCUUGCUGUAUUCAAAAAUACAUGGGAAGAAAGAAUGCGUGAAAGUGAGACUACAGACAAAACAAUCAGUUCAAAUAACAGCCAAUACAUUAUUUUUGAAGCAGUAAUUAUUUAGUAUAUACAUACAUGCUUGCUUUUAACUUACUUCAUAGAAUAGUCCAACAAAGUAAAUAAAAUAAACAUAAUAUAAUAAAAUAAAAAUAACAUUAAUACAUCUGUAGGCCUGCUGCCCUCCUACACAGUUAACCAUAGUGGCAAUUGGAGCAGAGCCCAUCCAUGUACAGUGCGUCAGCCUUUCAACAAAUGCUAAUCUUCAUAAGGUCCUCAGUUACAGUUGCUGAUUACCUCUAAUAGUGAUUACUUCUUCUUCUUAAUUAACUAUUUUAAAAAUGUUGCUUUUUGCCAUACAUACUGCAUGUAAAUUCGCUAUCAAUUUGGCCACAUUUAUAGAAGUUGCACAAUCAUAAGGCAGCUUUUUGAGAUCCCCUGUUUAGCUCAGUAUGGACCUUUUGCACCAGACAUCAUGACAUCUGUCCGCUAUCGUCCUGCCCACUAUAAAGCCAGUGCCAAAACCCACUAGUCACUAAAGCACUUUCUUCAAGGAAUACAUCAGAUGAAGUGUACUUCAUCUUAAACAACACUUUCUCUCCUUAGUAAAUAUUUCCAAAUUGCCUCUAACUCGAGCCACAUCGCUAACGAGCAUCUAACGAAAGGCUGAAUCCCAAAUCCAUCUCUAACUUCUAAACAAAGGCAUUACUUUAUGUGUGGAACAAUGGUUCAACACCCUACAUGGCUUGCUACAGUAGCUUUUACCAGCUAGUUAGAUAUUAAUUAGAAAGAUUGAAAUGUCAGUAUUAGUGUACUGCACAUCAUUUCAUGUAGCACAAAGCACAACAUAUUCCAUGACAUAGCACUGAUGAAUCAUUUGCAACAGAAGCAUUGAAUCAGCUAAUGCUAUUGCUAGAAAAUGCCAUUAAAUAAAGGUUCAUUCACAUAAAGUGUGACCUCGGCCUACAAACUUAUACAUUUUUACCUUAAGAACUGAAACUUUGCAAGAAAUUUGCCUCGGCACACAAAGCAUUUUUGGCAUACGAGCAAAUGAACCAAGCCAGAUCAAACGCUGACUAAGUUGCUUGUAUGUCCAAGAGCCAUUUGCUUGUUUGCAUCAGUAGAAAGUCAAGCAAAGUUUACAUAUUUUUUUGUGGGUUUUUUAUUGUAUUUUGUGAAAAAAUUUCUAAAGACCUCGUGCCAUUAAUCCCAAAAAUGUUAUCAAGGACAAUAGCAAGAAGAAAAGGGAGCCACUUUUAAUUUUGUUUUUAAAGCAGCUGGUACCAAGAGGAAUCAUAAAUUAUGGUUAAGUAAGGUGUAAUCGCUAAUUAUUCCAUAUUUUACUUCAUGUACAUGUCUUUUUAAAUGUUUUUACUGUUUAUAUAUACAAAAUGCUUAUAGUGUUGGAAAUUGGUAAUAUUGAUAACUAGCACAAGUACCCAUCAAUAAUGGUUACAUAGUUUUGUACAACUUAAUUGUAAUCAGUGAUAUUAAUAUUUCAGGUUGAAGCCCACGUACAGGUCUGUCUGUCUUUCUGUACAGCAGAACUCUGUCUAACUUAUUAAUGCAAAGAAAUUAAAUUUUGUAAGAUUGAGUAUCUUACGCCUUGUUUACGCUAAGGUGUAUUCCUUUCAUUAUCAGCCAAAUACACUCCCUCAUUGAGUUAAUCACAAAUGAGAAAUCAAAAAACGUAGAUCAAAUAAAGAUUAAGUUUUGUCUUAAA